UAACACUCGUUGCUACGGCAACGGCCGUGUCACGUGGCCGCCAACCCAAAGCGUUCUCCCCGUCGGCUAACGUUGCGGUGAGAGGUGACAAUGCUAGCUCCUGCUCCGCAUCUCCAGCGGGUCGGAGCCUGAAGUUGGGCCGGUGCCGGUAGUUCGUUGCCCGUUCGUCGGGCGUCCGUUGGACCUUCGGAGAGGAAAUAAGGGGGAAAUAUCGCCUGUCGCUGAGAAAUGGAGAAGUGUCCCGGUCCGCCGAGCUGAAAAAUGGGAGCAAGCGCUUCGGUAUCACUUUGUAGCGACCCGUCGUCGGUGAGAAUCCUCAGGUCCACGGCCAAGGUCAGCCCCGAGCCCGCGUCUCCCCCACACGCGCCCGAGCCCAAGCUGCCCCACGGGUGUGUGUUCGGCGUUCCACUGGGAACGCUGAGAGAGGACGGCCGGAUGAUCUGUGGGGUCCCCGUCGUGCUCCGGGACAUGGUGGAGUUCCUGAAUAGGAAAGGGAUGCACCACAGGGGGCUGUUUCGCCUGUGCAGCUCAGUAGUGCGGACGAGGCAGCUGAGGCGGCGGUGGGACUGUGGGGAGAGGGUGGACCUGGAGCACGAGGGAGACGUCCCCACGGUGGCCUCCCUCCUGAAGCUCUUCCUUCGCGAGCUGCCCUCCCCAGUUGUUCCCGAACCCCAGCGCAAGGACCUGAUUUUGAGCCUCACAGGCUGUAACGACGAGGCACAGAUCAGUCGCUUUCUGAGGGAAAAUCUUUGCCGCCUCCCGGAUGACAACUUCAUUAUUCUGUCCUACCUGGUCCACUUCCUGUCCAGAGUGGCUGCUCACAGCCAAUCGAAUCACAUGCCCAUGGAAAAUCUGGCAACCAUCUUUGGACCUUGUUUAUUCCAUGUUCCAGCAGGACCCAGGAUGCUCGAGGAACAGAGUGUGUGCAAUGCGCUGCUGCUGCAUCUCCUCCAGCAUCAGAAAGUUAUUUUUGCAUUUCCAACUGAGGACACAGUGGCCUCCUCAACUACGUCCUCCUCACCUACUCCUCCUCCUUUGUCUUCCCUCUCACAGUUUGAGGUUCAGCCCAGCUGUUGCCAUUCAGAGCAGCGUGGUGUUGUACUAGAGGCAACACAAGAAGUACGGACGCAGUCUGAACUUAACAGUUCUGACACACCGGCGCAAAGCUGUGAAACGAGCUCUGACGUCAGCACUGACAUUCAGAAGCUGAUUACCGACCAAGAAGCUUCAAAGAAGAUCAGCGAAAGUGUGGAGGCAGGCCGUGCGCUCCCCUGCCCCACUGACCCAGGGCCAGAGCAGCAUCAGCACCAGAGCAGACCAUCUCUGCGUAUCGCGGGGGAGCCGCUGAAGGCAGCGUGUACCACAGGGACCUUGUCACAGAUGCCCCUGUUCACUUUCAUACCACAGGAGAUAGAGGAGGAAGUUGACAAGGCUUCUGCAGAUGUUGGGCGAACAUCAUCUUUUUCAAACAGCUGCACUGAGAAGGAAUCGCAGGUCAAAAGCCAAACACAGACUGAGCACACAGAUAGCUUAACGUGCAGCUCUAAGUGCAAGACACCAGAAAAGACCAAAGAGAAUGACUGGAAGAGCCCUUUCCUCAAGCUACACGCCCUGGAGGCUGAUUUGGGACCCUCACCAGCACAAGCAGACCCCCAGGGUCUGGACAACCUACCUGCACAGGAGCAGCCUCCUUUUCCUCAAGAUCAGAACCAGUAUUUUAACCAGAAGCUGCCUCUUCACUCACCACCAUCAUCAUCACCUGUUCAGGAUCAGCACGCAGUCGACUCAUCACAGCAUGUCCUCACUCCAUCCCCUCAUUCACUGGAUUCCAGCCUCGACACGCUCUCAGAGGGAAUUUCAGGAGAGCUCACGCUGUCAAACUCGCCAAGCCCGACCUCCAGCCCACUACUGUCCCAUUUUUCAUCGAGUGACUGUCCUGUUCCCUCGCCACGCUGCCCGAGCCUCAGCCACAGCCUGCGCUACAACCUAGACCCUGAGACGGCCCCGUCUCCACCGUGCUCGCAGCACAUUCGCAUGGCUCGCUGCAGCGUCAAUACGGAGUCUGAGGAGACCUCUGUCUCCAUUUCAAUGCUCAACAGACACAUCCACACACUGAGGAAGAGGAUCAGGCACUUUGAGGAGCGUUUUGAACGGGAGAAACACUAUAAGCCAGCCCAUAAUGACAAGACAGCACACCCAGAGGUGGCCAGGAUGAUGAAGGAGCUCAUAAAGAGCUGCAAGCAGCUUAAAGAGCUGAGGCAGUCACAGGAAGGAGGAGGUGAAACGCGUAGGAGCCACAUCGACCAGAAGGCAGCGGCGGCGCAGACGGGAACCGAGCUGCAGCAGCUCAACAACGGCAACGGCAAACCCAACGUGGAGGAGACGGUCAACGUUGUAACCAACAGGCUGAAGGAGAGGCGACGGGAGCUGGGUCUUCCUGAGAGCGUCAAGGAGAUGUCUCAUUUCCAAAUGGCUAUGGAGAAGACCAGCAUGCAGAAGUGUUUGCUCUACUACGAGAGUCUGCACGGACGACCGAGCACCAGGCAGGAGCGCACUCUGAUGAAACCUUUCUACGACCGAUAUCGUCUCCUCAAGCAGCUGCUGUUUUCUUCCGCCACCUCCACCGUCAUUACAACAAUUGAGGAGGAGGACUCUGAUGAGGAGCAUCCCAAGCACCAAAGCCCCAGGCAGCAGCCGCUCUGGCUGAGAUCACCCAGAGGUGUGUCUUCAGACGAGUCACAGCGUUUCCCUUCCAGAGAAAUGCCGGAAACGCCUCUCGUGUCCCCGCUGGAGGAGGCCAAGGGCUUCCAGCCACAGUUCAUCACCAUGGCAACACUACACGAAGCUUCCAGAGCAGAAUUACUAGAUCAGCUCAGGGUGGCUCGGUUUGAGAAGCGCAGGCUUCAUCGGGCACUCAGAGACUUUGAGGAGCGUUUCUUCAUGCAGACGGGCAGGGCUUGUGAGAAGGAGGACCGUGGACCGAUGGCGGAGGAGUACUGCCAGUAUAAGAACCUCAAAGCAAAGCUCCGUCUACUCGAGGCCCUGCUCAGUAAACAACAGAACUCAACCAAAAGCAGUUGAGCCUACUCACAGUGGGACUUGCAUCCAACCUAACAGCUCAGAUGCUGGCGGUCAGUCUGGUCUAGUUUCAUGUUCAUUAUGUUGAUAGAGGUCACGUGAGUUAUUGGUGACAAUCGUGAUAAAAUGCAGAGCAAUUGCGUUGAGUUUUUAGUCCCAACAACACAUCCCUUGUCAUCCAUGGUGCAUCUUAUUAUAAACCUGAUGUAGCAAGUGUUAUGUUAUGCACUAAUUUAUGUCAAGUGUGAAGAGCUGUAGCUACUUGAUGUUAGUUACAUAAUCGUAUAUUAUAUAUUAUAUUAUUAUAUUAUGGCACUUUGCGUUUUUCCCCUGUUGCCAAAAUACAAUUUUUAGUUCUGUCCAUAGUUAAUGUGGAAACUGCAUUUGAAACAGAAAAAAACAAAACACUUACGCUUAAAUGCAAUGAGGCCUAUAGUGUUUGUGCAUGUCAGAUUUUAGUCCUACAUUGUGCUAUGAUAUGCAUUAGAAACUCAAAUUGUGAGUGUUCAAUUUACAUGUUCACCUCAAUGUGUGAACUUAGCAUCAUAGUGCAAGUUAUUUUAUGCUGUGAAGUUUUCCCCCAUUUUGCCUGUAUGAAGUUAAUUUUCCCCUAAAUGCCAUUGUUGUCAAUGAUCAGAGCUUUUAACAUUGUGCACUUCUGGUUUAUAUAAUUUUCUAUAUAGCUAUAUAUAUGAAUGUAUCGAUAAAAAUAAAUAUUUUUUCACAUGUAUUCUGCUAAACACA